AUGUCUAUUAAUGACUCCACAAUUGUUAAAGAUGUGGCUCUAACUGAAUUGUCGUUGGAAAAUAAUAUAUUUUCGUUAAUUCAAAUAAUUCAUCCUCAAUGGUCAAAAUUUAAUACAGUUUUUAAGCGGUUUGACAAAGGUCUUAACAAUAGUGUUAUUGCUGUAUUCGAAAUUGAUACUAAUACAAACGAAAUUAUUAACGAAUCUGAAGGAUUACUUAUAAAAAUCUAUGGUCACGAUACUGAUUUAUUUAUUGAUCGUCAGAAUGAAUUAAAUAUAAUGAAAAAAAUAUCGAAUCAUGGUUUCUCUAAUAAUAUUUUGUUACAAUUUUCUAAUGGUUAUAUUUGUUCAUAUAUACCAGGUGAAGCAUGUAAUUCGAAACAAGUUUUAUCUGAACAUAUAUCAUUUCUUAUAGCUAAAAAACUGGCUCAUUAUCAUUCAUUACCAUUACCAAAUGAAAAGUUAGGCACAUGUUUAAUAUCACGAAUGAAAAAGUUUUUUUCUGCAAUAAAAGUAAAGGAUCAAUUACACACAAAUCUGUCAGCUGAUAUUGAACAUAUCGAAACAUUUAUUAUGCCAAGAUUCGAAUUAGAUAUUGUUCUAUGUCAUAAUGAUUUAGUGGCUGAUAACAUUAUUUACAAUGUUGAAAAAGAUGAUGUUUCCUUUAUUGAUUUUGAAUAUGGAUUCUAUAACUAUUGGUUAUAUGAUAUCGCUGAUCACUUUACUCAAUGCGAUGAUUUAUAUCCAUCAAGAGAAUAUCAAAAACAAUGGUUAAGUGUUUAUUUGUUAUACAAAACUAAACAUAGUAGAGAUGAACAGUUUGAUUUGGAUACACUUUGUAACUUGAUUACCAAAUUUAGUGCUUUAUCAAAUCUAUUUUGGACAUUAUGGGCAUAUGCGAAAGCACAUUUAAUGAACAAUGAUCAUUUUUCCUAUGAAGAAAAUGGGAAAAUGAGAUAUAACAAAUAUUUAGAGCUUAAACCAUUUUUAUUUGUACAAUAA